CUUCAUAUGGCUGCUAUGCAUGGUCACAGCGAUGUAGCAGCUGUACUCAUUCAGCACGGAGCUGAUCCCUGCAGUACAGACAUGAGUGGUAUACGUCCCCGCGAUCUGCUAAGGACAAACCAGGUUUUCGAAACAUUUAUAAAGAAAUUCGAGAAUGAACAAGUCCAGCACUUCAUUCUCAUCUUGUGUUUGGAACAUGUUGCUGCUACUAUGACCCUUGUUGAGGCUAAUGCUCUUUUCAAAGAAGACAUGAGUUGCAUUUCCCCAAAUGAACAUGAGAACAAGAAGUUAGACAGAUUAAAGAAUUGGACGAUCAGUCUUGGGAUUAGAACUAUCCGAGAGUUUAAAGCGAGAUUGGCGGGUGCAGGGCAUCAAAACUUGACUGUGGCUGCUGCUAAUCACUAUGCUGAGAUCGCCAAAAAGAUUACGGACAUGUCAGCCGAUUGCUACGGAACAUUUUGUCAAGCUCCUUUGGCACACCGGCACAUGAUUUCAACGGCUGGUUGUCCCACAGAGCAGAGAUGUGAAAUGAGUAUGGAGACAGAUUCGUACCAAUACGAUGCCUACUUAGCGCACGCCAGUGACGAUGAAGAGGCAGUGGACGAGGUGAGGGGACAGUUAGAGUCUAAUGGAGUCCGCUGUUGUGAGCCUCCCUUGCCAGGAUCAAUUAAAAUAAAAUCCAUGUGUGAAUCCGUCGAGAUGGCCAAGCGUACGGUGCCUUUCUUUUCCAAAACGUCUUUGUCCGAUAAUGUAUUUCUUAACAUAUGUGACGUGGCAGAAUUCGAAGCUAAAAAGAGGAAAGAAGACGUGGUGAUUCCCGUAACCAUGGACGUCGGUCCCGAGUCUUUACCACCAGUGGUCAGAGUGCGAAACUGCAUAAAUUUCCAGAGCCAAAAUUUCAUCCCGUCAUUGGUUGAUGCCAUUAAAGGACCAGCGUGUGCGCCCCUCUAUGGCCAACUCCGUGAUGAAAACAAAAAUAUGAAACAGGAGAUUGCAGCAAAGGAUGACAUGAUUCGAGAAUUGCGCCAACAACUUGAAGAAAGUCGAGCAUUAAACAGACGUCUGCAGGCAGAGUUAGAGGUUACGGCCCCUCCAAAAUAAUUUGUCUGUGGAUUACAAAAAAUGAGAACUACGACUAUUAUAAUUUUUGCCUAUUUGAUGUAAUGACUCUCACUCUCUCUCUCUUUCUCUCUGGCAUAUGUUGUGUUACAGAAAAUUUCGUUAAACUUCUCGCAUUGAGUUGAAGGAGAACCACCGUUUUACAAUAUCCAAUAUCAGAUAACCAGAAAAUCUAUAAAUAAUUAGGAUUAAAUGUUAGAUUCACUUAUUUCACUGCACGGAUGGAGAAUAAGUAAAAAAGUGUAAAUCAUUUCUUGGAAAGAAAAAGGGUUUCAUAAUGCUGCAGACCAUAACCACUAAAGUAUCCUACCAGCAGUAAAAUGAUGGCUGAUCCAGUGAAUACCAUGACAACGUGCUAGCCGGUUGACAUAGUAAGAUAUUUACGCCCUACUUGAAAUGAACAUAAUGGACUAAUUUCGUCAUAUGAUUAUGAUCUAUCUUGUUUGUUGUUUAAUAUCAUAUCCAGCAUUUAGAAUGAAUGACCAGCAAAAAUCAGUGGAAUAUAUUAUGGAUUGAGUAUAACCAUGUUGAAUGAAGAUAUUAACAAGUUAUUUCCCUAAAUUGUAUGAUGAAUGUAUUUUAAUGAAACUUAAUUAUUUUGAGAUUUUCCAAUCCAACAAUAUUAUUUGUGAGAAUCGUAUUAAAUUAAAUUGUAUAUUAUAUAUUUGUAUAUUAUCAUAUAAUUGUGUAUUGUAUAUUGAUUAUUAAGUCAAAUUUUACUCAAACAUUCCAUAUUAUAGGAGGACCAAAAUCCGAUGUGAAAUAACUUUCUGUGUUUUGUAUGUGUAAAAUGUGAUUGUUGACCACGUGAAUAAGGAUUUCUUGAAUGUUUGUGAGGAUUUUUUCAUAUUGCAGAGCUAGGUGUUGCAGAACAUUCUGAGGUGUGUUUAAAGAUUAAUUUUUACGAGGUGUGCUCGACAAACGAAGUUU